AUGUCGAGUAAACAGACUAGUGGAUGCUGCAGCGGGUUCAAAUUUCGCUGGAGCAUGAUCACGGUUGAACCCAUCGUGUUUCUGUACAUGGUUGCCUCCAACCUUCAGUUUCCCACUUUCCAGGCCUUAGUCUACAAGAAGACAUGUCUGCAGACCUUCAACGCCUCCUUCUGUGAAGACAUGGACAACAAGACAUUCCAGAAACUUCACAAAGAUAAGCAGACAGUUAUACAGGGCGAUGCUUCCCAUUGGAUACUGCUUAGCAACGUGGGCAUGACUGUCCCCUCAAUUUUAAUAGUACUGUUGUUUGUAGGCUCUUGGGGAGACCGGGUCAACAGAAAGCUUCCUAUUUUGAUACCAUGCAUUGGGGCGCUGAUCUACAACCUGGUCAACCUCGUCAACGCCUACUACAUGGACUGGCCCUUGGAUUAUCUAAUGAUUGGCCCUGUAUUUAACGGAUUGUUUGGUAGCUAUACUACAGUGCUGAUGGGGGUGUACACUUAUACGACGCACGUCGCUAGCGCCAACCAUAAAACCACACGAGUGGCGAUCGUGGAGUCGAUGACCUUCAUCGCUGGCACCAUCAGCGUGUUUGUGUCGGGACUGUUGCUGGACGCUGUGGGCUACGUGGCUGUCAAUGGAAUUUGUUGCGGAUGUGUAGGCUUGGCUUCACUUUACGGCGUUUUCUGUCUAAAGAGUAUCAAACCAGAACCAAAUGACCAAAGAGAAAGCUGCUGCCAGUUCUGGAUCCUGGGCGCUUUGGCAGACACUGUGAGAUGUAUCAGACGUCCAAGGGUCAAGCCUUAUUUUUCCAUCCUUGUCCUGGAGAUUGUAAUCCUCAACAUUAUGCAGAUGUGCACAACGGGAGAGAACGACAUCUUGUUUCUGUUCCUUGCGAGAAGUCCCCGGAGCUUCAACUCUGUACAGUACGGCUACUUCAAAGGCACCGAGAAUUUUACCCGCAGCGUCGCUCUGCUGACCCUGCUGCCGGUGUUGAAGCACUGCUUCCAUCUGAGGGAUACCACCGUUGUCCUCAUCGGCAUCUUCUCCAAGGCAACAGGCCUGGUGAUCCUGGGGCUCGCUGAGAAUCUCACAAUGGUGUUUAUCGUGGUGGUCUUUGCCAUGCUGCAAGGGUUUCCAGCGGCGGCGCUGAGAUCUAACAUGUCCAGUCUGGUAGACAAGUAUGAACAAGGUCGUCUGUUUGCCAUAGUGGCGGCGUGUGAAGGUUUUAUAAACCUCGUGACGACUUUGAUCUUCAACGGUUGGUACCCUAAAACCUUGGACACGUUUGACGGAACUUGCUUUGAGUUUGCCGCGGGACUGUGUGGUCUGGCACUGUUGAUAACUUGUUUCAUCCAUUUGAAGCUCAGAGUAACAGACCAGAAUGAGGAUGGUCUUAAACAGUUGCAGACAUCAGGAGGAACAAAACUGGAUACCACAACGACCACAGACACAAAUACGAAUGGCAAUGAAAACAUCUGGAAAACUAGACUAUAA